UCCUCUUGUUUUCGCUCCGGAUUCUCCAUGUUGGACCCAAACUGAGGAGCCCGGAGCUGCCACCGGGGGAUCGGGGCUGGGGAUACCGGGGAGCCGCUGCCUGGGCCGUCCGUCCUCUGUGCAGGCCUCCUCCCUUCCCGACCCGGGGAGGAAACGCGAGGUGGGGAUGUGAGCAGCUGUGGGAGUCGGAGUCUCGGGAGCCGGAGCCCGACGGGCCCCCGCCCAGGCCCCCCAGCCCGCCCGCGCGCCCGGCCGCCCGCCCGCGCGUCCUCCCGCCCAGCCAGCCCGGGCCCGCGGGAUUGUUAGAUGGAACACGGCUCCAUCAUCACCCAGGCGCGGAGGGAAGACGCCCUGGUGCUCACCAAGCAAGGCCUAGUCUCCAAGUCUUCGCCUAAGAAGCCCCGUGGCCGGAACAUCUUCAAGGCCCUCUUCUGCUGUUUCCAUACCCAGCAUGUUGGCCAGUCAAGCUCUUCAACUGAGCUCACGUACAAGGAGGAGACAAACACCAUCGCUAAGUCGGAUCUGUUGCAAUGUCUCCAGUACCAGUUUUAUCAGAUACCUGGGACCUGCCUGCUCCCAGAGGUGACAGAGCAAGACCAAGGACGAAUCUGUGUGGUCAUCGACCUGGAUGAGACCCUUGUGCACAGUUCCUUUAAGCCAAUCAACAAUGCUGACUUCAUAGUGCCUGUAGAGAUUGAGGGGACCACUCACCAGGUAUAUGUGCUCAAGAGGCCUUACGUUGAUGAGUUCCUGAGACGAAUGGGGGAGCUCUUUGAAUGUGUUCUCUUCACUGCCAGCCUAGCCAAGUAUGCUGACCCUGUGACAGACCUCCUGGACCGGUGUGGGGUGUUCCGGGCCCGCCUGUUUCGGGAAUCGUGUGUGUUCCACCAGGGCUGCUAUGUCAAGGACCUCAGCCGCCUGGGAAGGGAUCUGAGAAAAACCCUCAUCCUGGACAACUCGCCUGCAUCUUACAUCUUCCACCCAGAGAAUGCAGUGCCUGUGCAGUCCUGGUUUGAUGACAUGGCAGACACAGAGUUGCUGAACCUAAUCCCAGUCUUUGAGGAGCUGAGUGGAGCGGAUGAUGUCUACACCAGCCUUGGGCAGCUGCGGGCCCCUUAGCCUUCUUGCUUCCAAGAAACGGCCAUCCCAGUAGGGGACUUUGCUACACUGUGCCUUUCUGAUCAGCCUGACUGACUCAGCCGAGCAGAAGCUGGAACACUUGCCCAGAGGGUCUGGAAGGAGCUGGAAAGUGGUUGACUUUAGGGCAGGUUAGAUGCAGAGCAGGCAAAUCAGACCUAUCCAGAGCUGUUUGCACCCUAUAUUUGGUUUCCAGGGGAGAGAGAGACAGAGCGUGUGUGUGUGUGGGGUGUGUGUGUGUGUGUGUGUGUGUGUGCGCGCACGCGCAUUCAUAAGUAAACUGUGGCCUAUGGUGUCCAGUGUUCCAGUAGGGAAGAAGCUGAAAGAUCCAAGACUCAGUCCGAGUUGUGUGUCUCCUUGAGCUGUUGAGCUUUACAGUGAUAGAAAAUAUUGCAGGCUCCCUUGCCAAACCGUGGCUUUUCCUCAGCUUCACAAGGCCUGUGCCAAGGAGAAAGGAGAGGCCAGAGGCUGCCUUGAUGCCCCAGGCACACACCUUUCUGAAAACAUGAAAUACUAGCCAGUAGCAGCAGACAUACCAGGGAAGAUGAGAGCAUGCAGAGCCAGUACUCAAAGUCAUCUGGUCCUGUGUUCCCCAGGCUGCAUCCGGCUCCAGCAGAGCACCUGUCAUGGGUCCUGCUGUGUCUCUGCGGGCUCCAGCACCAAGCCAGCCUUCUCGUUCCCUAGCCAUCGUCUUACUCCCAUGGGGAAAGCGGUCUUCUACCUGCCCUGGAAGAGGACAGAGAACCGAUUUCUGUUCUUUUAACUCCUUAAAAUUAUUUCUAAACAUGGAGUGGUGGGCCUGGUUUGUAUCUGGCCGAGCUGCAGUCCUGGGUUUGAGAUGCAUAUGGGAGGUGCUAGGGUACAGGGGAAACAAAUGUCCAAAGCAAAAUGUGUGUCUCCUUGUUUGUAGAUCCUGAAAGUGCUCUUCAGGGAUUCUGUGCUGGUGCUGAUGUAAGGAUAAUAGCUCCAAAGGACAGGAAGGGUUGCUGGGCUGCUGCAGCCCUCCUGUUGCCCAGGCAGGCUCUGUAUUGUGUCUCCCCUGGUGUCCUGUCCUAGUUGUCUCUCUGAUCUAGCCUCUGUCCUUCCUGGCUGUUCUCUUCCUCUCCAGGGCCUUGGGAGAACUCGUUUCCCAGGACUGAGGGGUCGCAUGCCUUGCUGUCAUUUGUUUGCCAAAUGGGCAAAUGCCUCCUGCUCUGGUGUAGUAGGACCAAGCAAGGUCCUCAGACCUGCACUCUGGGCUCUCUGGGUUCUCCAUCUUCAAUGCUUUAGAUGAGUCGCAGAAAGGACGCUUCCAAGGGUUGAAAACGGAAGGGAGGUGCUGCUGUGUUCGAGCACAAGGGGCCCCUGAGGUGCCUGCCCCACCUCAGCAUCACUGCCUUAAUUGAGUCCUGCCCCUCUCUCUGAGCUGGGUGGAGUUCCUAGCUGCAUCUCUGCUUUCCCUGGAGGCAGGUGCCAGCAUUUGUGAAUUGUUUCAGGUGUGGUCACCGCCCACUCAGGAGCCAUACAAUAUUAUUUUACUUUCCACUCUCUAGGUCCUGCCUCAGGAACUAGCCAUUUUGAGAAAUCCUGGUGGUGGAGCUUGGUGUGAGUGGAAGCUGACUGUCUGGCACCUUCUAGCAUUAUGCAGUCUUCCUUCCUUAGUCCAAGACUGUGGCGCCUUCUCUUUUGCUUUGGUGAUGCAGUAGAACAUUCAUCAAGCUCAUGCCAUUUUCCCCAGCAUCAUUUGCUGGUGCCUGUGGGAUCCUGCCGAGGUGAUGGGGAGGACUCCAGGUGCUAGCCAGGAGCACAGGGGAUUGGUUGUGGCUUCAGAUCCAGGUCCUGGUCUUAACGCCACCCUAAUACUACAGGAGGGGGUUCUCUCACAAGGCCUGCUCUGGGGGCUAGCCCUGAUUAAGCAAUAAGAGCCUCAGAGUUGAAUAUCAAGGUCCCUUUCUGCCCUCUUCUGUGUCUCCAUGUUUUACCUCGGAGAGGAAGAAGCGCCUGCGCUCCACCAUCGCUGGUAGGCAUAUGGAAGGACUAGAUGAGUCUUGACCAAAACCCAGUGCAGCUUCACGGAUGAGUCCUGCUGCUUCUACAAGGAGCUCCAGCUUUCUGGGCCUGUCUGUCGUCAAAGCCCCGCCCACCUGUAGUCUGCUACUGCGAGGCCAUCCUCUCUUUCCAAACCUAAAGACUUGUCCUGCUUGCUAGAUCGUGUCUUAGAGGCAGGCGAUGGUUGGGAGGUGCUGCUCAGAGAACUUGGACAGGCACAGAGCAGGGCAAGGCUGGGGGGAGCCAGCUCAUCCUGAAGUCUGUCUGUCACCAGGCUUGCCACAGGCCUUCCCAUUGCAAACUAGUCUUCAGCAGACCACCUGGCCUGCUGUUAGCAUCCACCCACUCGAGCCAUGCCAGGAAUCCGCCCAGCUGUCAGGUUCAGCUCUUUAAGGUGCCUCUUCAGGGACACAGUGUGUCUCUCUGAUUGGGCUUCUAAGUCAAAAGCCUGAUGUUCGUGUCCCUCUUAUAGGGGGAGCUUUGGACACAGGACCAGUUUGUUAAAGGGCCAGGUAAAGGUUUCCACUCUGCACAUUGUAGAGGGGACGCUGUAGGCCCGUGGGUCCCUAAUUAAAGAGGUUGAGUGAAUUUGCCUUCAUUUAACCAGGGACCUGUUUCACUCCCUCCUGCCUCCCAAAGAUUUCUAUGUAAGUGUGUAGCCCCCUCUGUUAACAGUGGCUCAGAAAAGCUUCGUACUAAAAGCAUGGGGCUUUCAAAACAGCCGUUCUCUGGGAAAUGGAUCCUCAGCGAUUCCAUGCCCUGCCCUGUUCCAGAGGCCUCUUGGCAGUGCAGCCCGAGUGUGUCAGCCUGGCUAAGUGUGAGAACAGUUAGCCUGUUUUCCCUUUGGGCUACUUAACCAUGGCUACUUCUCCGUUCCUUUUUAUAUAUAUAUAUAUAUAUACCUUAGCUUUGUCCUUUUUUGUUUUUUGUUUUUCAGACAGGGUUUUAUGAAUCCAGGCAGGUGUUUGAACUCACUGUUUAGCCAGGGAUGAUCUUGAACUUCUGAGUGCUGGGAUUCUAGGUGUGGCCACAUACUGGCUCAUGUGGUGCUGGCUCAACCCAGGGCUGCAUGCAUGCUAGGCAGGCACCACCAACUGAACUACACCCCAGCUCCCCUUUUGUCUCUUUAGAAAAUAGAGGUGACAAGUCUGACCAGCUGUCCCACCCACACCUUCAGUGCAGGGUCAGCUCCUGGGACAGCCCCUCUCAGACUGGUGAUGUUCUUUGCCUGUAAUUACCCCAGAUUUGCCUAUUUCUCCUUUCAAGAUGCCAUUUGGAGGGGAGGGGUCUGCGUCCCACUGUGACUGGGCUAUGGGAUCCUUGACCACCCUGCUUCAUGAUUUGAUACAUUUGUUGUAUUCAAAAACUUGAAAUGUAGGAUGCCAUUAAGAGUCUGUUUAUAUUUUUGGAAUAUUUGUAUUACUUACAAUUAGUUAAUAAAGGCUGGUUUUUAAACCUG